UCACAGCGACACCGUCAACAAAAAUGGCCGAAUUGCUGCUAGAUUCUGACAUUCGGCUUUGGGUGUUUUUACCUAUAGUAAUAAUCACAUUUCUUGUUGGAAUCAUUAGACAUUAUGUAACUAUUUUACUGGCUUCAGAGAAAAAGACUGAACUUGAACAGGUCAAAGACAGUCAUGCCUUGAUAAGAAGUAGAAUAUUACGAGAGAAUGGCAAAUAUAUACCAAAACAUUCAUUUCUGAUAAGAAAAGCUUUCUUCAAUAAUGAGCACAAUGGUUAUCUCACGAAGGCAAAGACAGAUAGAGAAGCUCCCGUUAAAAAUCCAAUGACAGACCCCAGUAUGAUGACAGAUAUGUUGAAGGGAAAUGUAACUAACAUGUUACCUAUGAUAGUUAUUGGUGGAUGGAUUAAUUGGGCAUUCUCUGGAUUCUUAACUACAAAAGUGCCAUUCCCCUUGACAUUUAGAUUUAAACCUAUGUUACAGAGAGGUGUGGAACUUAUUGCUUUGGAUGCAUCCUGGGUGAGUUCAGCAUCCUGGUAUUUCCUCAAUGUGUUUGGUUUGAGAAGUAUGUACACAUUAAUACUGGGACAAGAUAAUGCUGCGGACCAGACUAAGGCCAUGCAGGAACAGUUUUCUGGAGCAGGUAUGGCAGGGCCUCAGGACCCUCAGAAGGCAUUUAAAGCAGAGUGGGAGGCCCUGGAGAUAUGUAACCCCCAGUGGGCCCUGCAGGGGGUAGAGGAAGAUGUUACAGGGCAGAUUAUUCCACCGGAAACUAUCUAUAUAAAAGACAAAUUUGCAUAACUCUAGAAUCUCAAUUAGGCUUAUUCUACAUUACUCAUCAAGUCAUUUUACAUAGGAUUCAAUAAACCAGCACAGAUAAAGCUGUAUGCCUACAGAUAAACCAAAAUAUUUCAAGAAAAUCGAACUUGAGAAAAAUGUUUUAGAAUUUUAUUAAAAGUAAAUAGAUUCAAGUUAUAAUUUACAUGUAAUGUUCAAUUUAUGCCUGAUUUUGUAGUAUUUAUUACCAUAUUUCUAAAGCAUUACUAAUGGAUUAAGGGCUAUUUUUGCAUAUUUUGACUUAUUGAUUUUUUAAUUUACAUGGAUUAUACAUUGGCAUUGGCAAUGUGUAAAUUGAUAUCUUUAUUCACUUCACAAUAUUUUACUUUCCAAUACAUUUUAAAAAUUUUCAUGAAAUUAGCAUGAAUCUAGAGGCAUGCUGCUUUAAUAGUUCAAUUCAAUAAGUAAGUUAGUAAAUUAGUAAUUCAGCAGUGAUCUGCUUAAGACAAGAAGUUAUGUAAACCACAUAGACUCUUUAACAGUCUGUCAGUGCAAAAUAUUAAUGCCUGGAAAUCAAAACUAUUUGAACCAUUAUUAAAAACUUAAUUUUACACUAUUGAAAUGAAGUUUAACUUUUCAGUCAGAGACAUUUUUACUCACUAUCAAGAUUUUUUUUAAAUUCUAAGUUAUUAUAGUAUGGACACUUGAAAUCUUUAUGUUAAGUUAUGUAGUCUAAUACAAAAUCUCUACUCUGUGAAAUAUAUAUGUGUUCAUCCAUUCAACAUCUUGGAAAACAUUAUCAAAAUACUUUUGUGCUGUAGUUGUAGAUUAAAAUAUCUUAAAUCUUGUGCUUUUGAAUUUUGUAUUUUUCUUGGAAAUUGAAAGUAUAAGUGGAAUAUAUUGUAUGUACAAGUGUGUGCAAUAUUUAUUGUAGAGAAAUAUGGAAGCAUUGAGAAUAAAUGGAUAGUAAAACUGU